GCUCUGCACUAGACCUGUGUGCUUCCUUUCUAUCACAUGCAGGGUUUAUCUGGCUGUGCAGGAGGCAAGAGGAACCUAAUGCCGUUCUGCUGUUUGUCAAGAGGCAUUCGCUUCUCCAGCUCGGUAGGCGUGCCAGGCUUUGCAUGUCAUUCUGGGUUCGCGAACUCAAUCAGACGUCCACACGCUUGAGUAUCUCAGCCGGUCUGGUAUAGAGAAUUUCAUUCUCAGAGAGGACUUUUUUGGUUGGUAUUUUUUGUGCAAUUUCUCUGGUUUGUGUUUGCCGCAUCUGGAUAAAUCGUUGGAAUUUUUUUCUUCGUGAGAAGCAAAUGUGAUGCUUCAAACAUAUUAUUGCAUACAGCGAUUGACAGUGACAUUACCAAGGCAUAUUGUGCCUGCAGCGGAGGGAGAUACUGUAUACUGGCUCGCGUAUACUAUCGGGCCAUGGUGAAUUACACUGCAGAAUACCGUACGUGAACAGACAAUGGGAGACGCGGACAAUGAUUUGUGGAUGGAUGCAGUUAAAGAUGAAGGAUAUACAAUCGUGAAGGAAAUUGAUUAUGGAGCUUUCAGCAAUGUGUUCAAGAUUACGCAGGUGUGUUCUGGUGGGACGUUUGCCUUGAAGAAAAUCCAGUCCAGCUGUCCAGUUGAAGAGGAUGAAUACAUCUUUAAUGAAAUCCAGUGCUUAUUAAAAUUGCGACAUAGGCAUAUAAUACAGAUGAAGAGUCUCGUGUUGACAGAACAUGUUGCCUGCAUUAUUAUGGAAUAUGCCUCUCUGGGGAAUUUGCAGCAAUACGUAAAGGAACAAGACUUGUUGUCCAACAACCACGUUUUAAACAUUUUUGGACAGCUUCUUUCAGCAACCAGCUACUGUCAUUCCUGCCACAUUGCACAUAGGGAUCUUAAUCCAAGCAACGUCCUACUCAUUAGCAGCACUUUUGUGAAACUAGGUGAUUUCGGACAAGCGUUUGCUUGCAACGACGACGACGGAAGGCCACGUCUGUGUAACGAGUAUUUAGGACAGGGACCCUACCUGGCUCCGGAAGUGCUUAUAGGGGCUCCUUACGAUCCGAAACCUUCUGAUGUGUGGAGUUUAGGAUGUGCUUUGUUUUUUAUUUGUUUUAGAGACAAACCUUUCAGUGGUUCUCAAAAAUCCAUCCUCGCGAAACAACUCGAGCAGGGGUUUUGUGUACCUGCAAUACCAGAGGUGACGAGGCCGACGUUGUUUUCGUCAACGAUGUACGACAUGUGUUGUGUUGACGUUGGUGAUCGACAUACCAUUGACUGUGUCAGCCAACAGUGGCUCAAUUAUGAUAUGGAAGAUACGUGAGAAUAUUGCAUAUACCUAUAUAUCAUUAUUUGCAUAUAAGAUGCUCAUGUUUAACAGUGCUACAAUCACACUAUAUAUUUGUAGCUUUAUUCACAUUGUCAUGAAAAGUGAUGAAAAAACGAUUUUUUAAAAUGCAUUUAUACCUUUGAAAUAUCUAUUAUAUACUUUACAUCUCUUGUUAAUGCGUUUUUAAUAUGUGUUAUAUGUUUGUAUGUACGUGAACGGUAUAUCAAGCUCAAUGCAUGUCAGUUACAUAUUCCCAUGACUAAUUGUUGCGAAUAUUAAUAUUUUCCAUUUAAUGUAAUGAAGUGUAAUAUCAUUACAUAUACACAUGAUUUGCACAACAAUUUUACAGUGCAUCUGUUAUCUGUCAUCGUUUACUUGAACCAUAACGUCUGACUCAAAUAAUUACCACCAGUCAUUCAUAUGAGAGUAAGUUUCAAAUGAAUCAUAAAGAAGAACACAAACACGAUGUGUGUUACGUGAUAAUGCUGAAACCAGUUGUAGGUAAUACACAAUUGCUUUGUUUAUAUCAUAGGAAUAUUACAUAUAGACAAUUGUUAUAAACCAUGUCAAGAAGUAUAUAAUUUAACCGGACAUUCCAGUGUAUAUGUUCAAGACGUAUGAUUAUUUCAUGUGAAAAAGGAUCAUUAAAAACGCGUUUUUAACUUAUUAUAUCAUUUAAUAUUCACAGAAUGAGGUAAACACCCUUUUAAAUUUUUACUUUUAAAUGUGGAACCAUACAUAUAUCAUUACAGCUGUAUAGAAGUAUGGUGAAGUUUUUUUCUACGAUGAUUUCUUUAUACCUUCUUUAGUUCACAAAUGAAAAAAGUAAACUUAAUAAUUAAAUUGUAAUGAUUAAUGGCGUACUUACGUCGCACUACUUAACAUAUAUCCCAUUGCAACUGACAGAUUUCGAGAAGGAAUACAUUUUGAUCUUGCUCUCACGCCAACAUGACUAAAUUGACGUCUUCAGUGUGUAUUGUUGAACUGUGUUCUCGUGUUGAUGUGUUGUUUACACUGCAUUCUUUGCAAUAAAAGCUGGAAAUGGUUCAAGUUUCAAAUA